AAAAAGGGAGCGAGAGAGAGAGAGAGAAUUCGUCUACUGAGUUGACCAACAGUCGCAGCCGGUUCGUAUAUAAACCGACCCACUCACCGCUUGAUAUCAUUCUCGUCCGAACACAGCAACUGCACCAUGAAGACCAUCAUCUUUGCUACCCUUCUUGCUCUGGCUGCCGCCGCCCCACAGUAUAAUUACAAUGCCCCCCCUCCUCCUCCUCCUGCCCCUGCCCCUGCUUACGGAGCUCCUUCCACAAGAGUGUCUACAGUCGAAGUUGCGCCUCAGGUCGCCAUCUUGAGGGACGAACGAACACAAGACGAGUUCGGGAGAUUCGCCGUCGACUUCGAAGCCGAGAACGGCAUCGCCUUCUCCCAGUCCGGUUCUCCUGAUGGCCCAGAGGGCGCCGUAGUCAAGGCUGGACAAUAUUCGUACACUGCUCCCGACGGUACUUUCGUGGAGGUGAAAUACGUUGCUGACGAAAACGGCUACCAGCCCCAGUCACCCUUCCUCCCCGUGGCUCCCGAAUUCCCCCACCCAAUCCCCCAGUUCGUCCUCGACCAGAUCGCUAAGGCUGCCGAGGAAGACGCUGCAGCUGCUCGAGCAGCGGCUUCCGCCCCUGUCCAGUCUUACAGCGCUCCAGUUGCACCUCCCUCAAAUACUUACGGUCAACCCCAGUAAGGAUCGCGCCUCUGGAAUCCUUCGGUUACAGUCCUCGAGGGGGUCAUGGAACCCCCCACCCGGUGCCGCUUCAAAGCUUCUUGAUCUUCUCUCGACGAAGGACGACGCCAGAUCUAUCCACUCCUUUGCUCUCCUUGGUCUUCUUCUCUCGUCUCUGAUGAUAUUCUUGUGCUUUGACUCGCCCCGAAAGGCGCCGUCUACGAUACGCUUUAUCUUCUUUACAUUUGAAACGAUUUAUUCCUGAUAGAGUCUUUAUUUUUGUAUAUACUUUGUGUACUGUGCUGCAUUGACGUCUGUAAUAAAAAGUUUUACGUUCAA